AAACGAAAAACCCUAACCUCUGCUCGAAACCUCUUUCUAGGGUUUUCUUAUCUCCAACUCUCCUCUCACCUUCUUCUUCCACUAUGGCGACGACGUGCUCUCUUCUAUCUCGUUUUCGUGCCAUCUGCACCCCCACCUCACGCCCCUUCGCAUAUCGGACCUUUUCCAUUCGCACCUGUCCGAUUCCGCAACUCCGGCCGCUCGUCUCCGUCAGCGAGGGCUUGCGUCUUGUGAUCGAUCGCCGAGGUGUCGCUGGCCGAUGUUUUUCGACUCGGUCGACAACCUCAUCCAUUCAAGAUCCGUCUCCGAAUUGGAGCAACCGGCCCCCGAAGGAGACGAUUCUCCUUGAUGGAUGCGACUUCGAGCACUGGCUUGUUGUUGUGGAGAAGCCCGAUGAGAAAUUGACCAGGGAUGAGAUUAUCGAUUCAUAUAUUAAAACACUAGCCCAAGUUGUCGGAAG